UUUUGUAGCUUCGAUCUAUUUUUACAUUCGCACUGAGUCAAUUAGGGGUGAAUGUGGUAGUAGUAGAUUUUUUUCAUUCAUGAGUUCCCCUCCUUUACCUGUACAUAGACGUACCUAAUCCGCUUAUGAUGUAAAGAAUUUCGAUUUACUUAUAAACUGGUAGCUUUUCAUUUUUGAGUAUAUAGGACAUAGGUAUACGUGAAAACUAAUCACACGUAAGCUUCUGAUGAUGACAUAUUUCAUCCCAACUGAGAAUGAUGCAAUUUAUUCUUCAAUUUGCCAUUACCCACUACGCCUACACGGUAGGUUCUUAAUUUUGCUCGAUUUUUGUACAUAGCACCCACUCGUUUAGCACUUAUAAGAGUUAGCUUCUUCAGUAUUUAAUGGUAAAGCUCUUGGAUUGUAAUUGGAGAUGGCAUCGGAAACAUUCCCUGAAAUGAGACGUGGUAGUGAACAGACUGUUGGUGGAUGUGGUGUCGAGCUUUAGAUGUACUUAAGAGGAUUUGCGAAAAAUUGUACUUUUUGUACUUGUUUGUGUGGCAGAUAAUUAUUCUAUUAGCCAGAUUUGAGCUUAAUUGUCAAGAAGAUUGUGCAAGGAGCAAUAGGAACAGAGGUAGAACCAUCAAUUCAAAGAGUAUGUAACACUUACUUUGACUUUAAAACUUAGGAAGGACAAGGGUUGUCGCAGAUCGACCAGAAAACGACUAUUUCUAAUAAAUUUUGAGCUGUGGAAUCCAAAAAAAUUAGAGCCAUCAAGAUCUGACCACGAGAAACAGAGGCAUAACGAUGGACAAUUACAGAAAGGGGAAGAAUGUAGAGGAGCCCUUGGAAAAGAAUAGGCUUCCCAUUCCAAAUUUAACGAGCGAAUUCGUGUGGAUGCAGGUGAGAGGGGGUAGUAAAAUGAGGGACUUACUCAGCUACGCCUUUAAAGAAUUCGAAACGGCAAAUUCCAUUGUCUGGACCGGAUUUGGUCCUUCAGUUGGAAAGGCUGUCAGCUGUGCAGAAAUCAUGAAACGCGAAUACAGCUCAGAAUUGCAUCAGAUAACCAAAAUAUGUUACAGAAUGGUUCAAGAGUAUUGGGACCCCAAGAUUCCCGAGCUGGAACAAAUCGUGGUCGAGAGAAAAUUGCCGAUGAUUCACAUUUUGUUAUCUAAGGAACCGUUGAAUUCGCAGGAGUUGGGGUACCAGGGUCCUGGAGUGAAAAUUUCAUUGGACGAUGUCGACGAGGUGACGGAAAAACGGAAGUAUCUACAGUCACGCACGCCCACAAAAGAAUUUGCAGCUUUGGGGGUUGGGUCGAUGAAUCGACCCAAAAAGUGGAGUAAAUCUAAUAAAAAAUUUGAUAAGGGUCAAAGUAGUACUUCGAACAUGUAAGAGAUCUGUAUUUGUAAAUAACACAAUCGAAUUGUUUGUUUAA